AUGCGCAGCAAGCAGAAAAGCAAGGGCUUCACGCGUCAAGUCGUUCUUUUCUUCCUACUAGUGCCCGCUCGACGUCUGCAUCGUUACAGAGACAACAUAGGGGUUAAGAUAAAACAAAAUUACAUCCUGUUUAAAGCUAGUAAAUACCUAAGUCUCCCCUUUAAGGGUCACAAGCUCCUACGUUUUAGCGCAAAGGUUUCAGGAAGCAUCGCAGCGGACUCCGGAGUAGAAACCUACAUCAACACGAGAGAUAACCGCGAGGUCCCUACUAGCAUCGCAUUGUCCAUCAACGUAGUCAAUCCCGUGAAAGAGCUCGGCAUCCCCCUCUUCAAUGUCAAGGACAUUCCUAGAAAAGGAAGGGGCCUUAUCGCCCGCUUCAAUAUAUCCAAAGGCACUCAAAUCCUCUAUGAAAAGCCACUUCUUACAGCUGUGCCCAUGCCACGCAAAGAGUUGGAGCUGACACUUGCAACAAGGCUAAGAGCACUACCUAAAGCAUUACAACGUCAGUUCCUAUCUCUGCACAAUAAAUCCCCUAGAAGUUACCCUUUUAGUACCGUCUUCAAGACGAACGCCCUACUAUGUGGAUCGAACAGUGUAGUGGGUGGAGUUUACCCUACAAUCUGCCUUAUCAAUCACAGCUGCAUCCCAAACUCUCACAACAACUGGAAUAAAAAUGAGAAACACGAAACAAUUCAUGCGAUCCGACCUAUCAAAGCCGGAGAAGAAAUUACAAUCCCGUAUGAUCAUGGAGGUCCAUCCGCUGAACGCCAUGACUUCCUUAGGGAAUCCUUUGACUUCGACUGCAGCUGCAGCAGAUGCUCUAGUUCCUCAUCCGAGCUCCAAGACAGUGACGCCCGCCGCCGAUUGAUCAGUAGCCUCGACGAUGCCAUCGGUGAUCCAACGAACAUGAUGGGAAGGCCGACGGAGAGUCUGAGUAACUGCCUCUUACUUCUGCAAAUUCUCAAGGCCGAAUACGACGACGGCGCUGAACCACUCAAUGCCAGACUCUAUUACGAUGCUUUCCAAGUUAGUAUUGCGCACGGAGAUCAGGCUCGAGCCAGCAUUUUUGCGGACAAAGCGUAUCAGGCUAGGGUCGUGUGCGAGGGUGAGGAUAGCCCAGAGACGCAGAGAGUGAAAGCCCUUGCGCUGAAGCCAGCAGCUCAUGCGAGCUACGGACUUUGUUCUAUGAAAUGGAGAACGAAAAAGCAAACAGUGCCGAAAGGUCUUGAUGUUGUGCAGUUUGAGAAGUGGUUGUUCAGAAAGUAG